AUGGCAAAUCCAGGAGACAGAAUGGAGAUCUGUUUCUUAUCAUUACACUGGGCUGGCUCCUCUCCAGAUAUACAACAGACACUUAACAUGGAGUGCAAAAUCCAGAUAAGCAGAGUGAAUGACCCACCACAGCUUGCUGGUGUUCCUGCCAAACUGCUCCAGGAACCAAACUGGCUGAAAACACAUUAUCUGCAUGGAGAAAGACUGGAUUUACUGGGCAGGAAUGAUAAGUAUGUGUCUCUGGUCAACAUCAGCAUCCCUCAGCUAUGCCAGUUCACGGUGUGCAUUGACCUGAACCGGGCUGCCAAUGUCAGCUCUUGGGCAGCGUUUUCCUAUGACACUGACAACGCCUCUACUGACAUAAAUGACAUAGAGCUUGGGCUCUCUGGAGAAAACAAACAGUUGAGAGUCUAUCUUUUUGGCACCAGACGAGACAUUGAGAUUGAUCUGGCCCUUUCUGUGUGGUAUAGCGUGUGCUGCUCCUGGGACAACAGGAAACAACUGCUGGAGGUCUACUGCAAUGGUGAUCUGAUAUAUACCGAAGCCAUGGGUGGAGCUGAGUGCCUGAAGCCCAAGGGUAGCCUGGUGCUGGGUCAUCUGCACAGAAGAAAGGAUGGCUUUAUUGUGUGGGUCAGCAACAGCUUCAUUGGCAGCUUGUACUACUUCCAAAUGUGGGACCGUGUGAUGGGUCAGGAAGAGCUGCUGGGCUGCACCAUGGGCAAUACUGUCAGCUGGAAGGAGGAGCACUGGAACUUCAGCAGCAUCCCCCCUGUCACAGACCAUGACCUGCGCUGCGGUUCACAAAGUAAUCUGAAGCUAUUUAAGAUAGAAAUCGGAGGCUUCAGGUUGUUAACAGCCCCUGUUUCUGUUACUGUCCAUGGAGUCAGCUUCUUUAACGUUGACACGAACUUUUCUCUUUUCUACACAACUGAGAGAGUUCCUGAUUACUAUGAUGCAAGGAAGCUUCUUGAAAACUGGUUUAGUAUUGUAUUUACUGGAGAAGAAUUUGUUGUGACAAACUUUAAAGUCAGCUACAUCUGUAAGGCCAUUAUAAAGGCCACAUCACUUGAAGUACAAGAAGUUCUGAGUCUCAAGAUCAAACAGUUGUUCAAUGACACUUACAAAGAGGGACCAUUAUCCUUAUAUGUGAAACCUGGAGAUGUGGCUAUCAAGCCAAUAGCACUAAUGGAUUGUCCAGAAAGCUUUUCACACACGACCUACAAGGGGAAUUAUUCCUGGCCAGUAACGAGUCCAGCUACCAAAGUGGAAGUCAGCUGCAGGAAGAACCCUCUGCAGUUGGCUGAGAGGAGCUGUGCAAUAAAUAUUGAACUUGAGCAAGCUUUCUGGAAGAAACCAAAUAUGACUGCAUGUAAAUUACUGAAAGAACUUCCAAAUAAUAUUUUAGACCUCCAUGAUGUCACAGUUACAGAAGAGAAUGCACAAGAUGUUGUACAGCAUAUUUUAUACCUCUUGCCAGAUGCAACACUGCACAUGGAAGAAUUAAAAAUCAUUACAAGUAAAAUUUCUGAUAUCAUAAGUCUUGCAGAUAUGAGCAUGAUACUUGCUGAGACUACAUUGUCUAUAUUAAGCUAUAUUUUGCUGCAAGAAAUGGAAGAUCAGAACAUUAGAAAAAUGACCAAUAGUAUCCUGAAGACAACUGAGAAGAUAGGCUAUAAGGUGACUUGCACAGAAAGAAAUAUGUCAGUCAUAACCACUUCCUUGGCUUUGGUGGUGGUGCAUCCAGAUCCCAGCAUGUUUGGAGGACUGGCUUUUGGCGUUACCUCCUACGACAGAGGCAUGGAUCUUAAGAUCAAUGUUCAAGAAAACCCUUUCAGAAAGGCCUUGGCCUCGGUGUUUUUGCCAAAAUCACUGAAGAAAUUCCUAGGGAUUGAACACUCUGACCCAGACAAGCAUUCAAAGAUCCAGUUCAAGUUUUUUGGCACUACUUCACUCUUUGUGGAUGAGAGUUUAACGAAGCAGAGGUUGAAUACUUACGUUGUGAGUGCCAGCAUUGAAAAUGCAUCAAUUCAGAACCUUAAUGAGCCUGUGACUAUUACUCUUCAGCACAUAGACCAAAAUACGGGUAAUGCAGCAGUGCACUGCGUCUUUUGGGACUUUGAGAAGAACAAUGGACUGGGUGGUUGGAAUACAUCGGGGUGUGAAAUGGAAUAUACAGAUAUGAAUUACACAAUCUGUUUUUGUAACCAUCUUACCCAUUUUGGAGUCCUCCUGGACUUGUCCCGGACAGAGAUAGAUAUCACGCAUGAUCAUAUAUUAACUCUGAUAAGCUAUGCAGGAUGUGGUGCUUCUUCCCUUUUUUUGGGUAUAACACUGGCGACAUAUCUAGCUCUUGAAAAGCUGCGUAGAGACAACCCUUCAAAAAUCCUGCUCAAUCUUUGUGCUGCUCUGCUGCUGCUGAACGUGGCCUUCCUCACCAACUCCUGGCUGUCCUCGUUCAACCAGCCAGGUCUCUGUAUCACCGUGGCCAUUCUCCUUCACUAUUUCCUCCUUGCAGCUUUCACGUGGAUGUGCCUGGAGUCUGUUCACUUUUAUUUGGCUCUUGUGAAAGUUUUCAAUGUUUAUGUCCCAAAGUACAUCCUAAAAUGCUGUAUGGCUGGCUGGGGAAUGCCAGCUAUUGUAGUUACUGUUGUGCUCAUUAUAAAUAAAGACUUCUAUGGCAAUGGAUCUCAUUUGGAGAGCAAUCCAUUCAGCAAUUUCUGCUGGAUUCAGGAGAACACAGUGUUUUACAUCUCCGUUGUGGCCUACAUCUUCUUAAUAUUUUUGAUGAAUACAGCCAUGUUCAUCACUGUUCUCCUUCAAAUUCACUCUGUGAAAUCAAGGACACAAAGGAGAUCCAUAUUCUGGAAACGGGGAUUUCUCCAAGACCUCAAAAGUGCUUUCAGCUUGAUGUUCCUUUUGGGCUUAACUUGGGGCGUUGCCUUUUUUGCCUGGGGAGCAGUGAGGGUAUUUUUCUUAUACCUCUUCAGCAUUUUUAACACUUUGCAAGGGUUCUUUAUCUUUGUAUUUCACUGCCUAAUGAAGGAUGAAGUAGUGAAGCAGUGGCGAGUACACUUCUGCUGGGGAAGAUAUCAUCUGAGUAAUUAUUCUGCUGAAGUUUAUUACAAUCCCAGUGCUGUACCUCCAGAAGAUGGUGAGACCAAACAUCCUUGUUCACAAAGAAUACCACCCGUGGAUACAGGGCUGCGCUACCCACGGAAAGCAAGGCGUUUUCAUUGA